AGCUGAGCCUCACAUGACCGAGCGGGGCCGGGCCGGCCGGGAUGGGGCAGCGCGAUCGGAUGUUCAAGGUGCUGGUGGUGGGGGACGCCACGGUGGGCAAGACAUCGCUGGUGCAGCGCUACGCCAACGACAGCUUCAACCGGCACUACAAAUCCACCGUGGGAGUGGAUUUUGCACUGAAGGUGGUUCAGUGGUCGGAGUCAGAGACGGUUCGGCUGCAGCUCUGGGACAUUGCAGGGCAGGAGCGCUUCACGUCCAUGACCCGCCUGUACUACAGGGAGGCCUCGGCCUGUGUCGUGCUGUUCGAUGUCACCAACAGCAGCACCUUCAGCAACAGCCAGAAGUGGAAGCAGGACCUGGACAGCAAAGUGCUGCUGCCAGAUGGGAGCCCAGUGCCCUGCCUGCUGCUGGCCAACAAGUGUGACCUCUCCCCGUGGGCAGUGACCAGGGAGGAAAUCGAUCGCUUCAGCAAAGAAAAUGGAUUUUCAGGUUGGGUGGAGACGUCUGUGAAGGAAAACAAGAACAUCAACGAGGCCAUGAGGGUUCUGAUUGAGAAGAUGAUGUGCUCAUCCUCAGGAGAUGGGAGCUCUGCCUCUGCUGGCACUGGGGACUACAUCAGCCUCCAGGAGACCUCUCCCCCAGGCUGGGGCUGCUGCUGAAGCCCUGGCACUGAUCCUCACCAUCAUCAUCCUCACCAUCACCUUUCCCUCAACUCUCACUGCUCUGGGGCUUCUUCCCCCUGAGAUUUUGAACUUUUCUCUGCUCAGUGACUUGGAGUGGGGAUGGAAGGAAGAGGAGGGGGAAGAUUCCUCUUUUUUCCCAGUGGGAGAUUUGGUGGAGCACAAUCCAUAUCCAAGCAGUGGCUUGGAUUACAUUGAAUUUUUUUAUUUUUUUUUUUUAAUUUUUGAGCACUUCCUCCUCUGGCAGUGCUGGCCUGUCCCAGGCUGAGCUGUCAGAGGGAAUAUUUUAAUUUUCUGCACCUUUAGCCCUGCAGUGACCUUUGGGGACACACCCUGAGCCCUGUGGGUUCCCAGCUGUGGAAUGAUGGAUCUGUGUCCUGCAGGGCCCAGCACUCCCAUCAGGAGCUGUGAAAUCUGGGGGUGAAUUUUGGGAGCUGGAGCAGCACAACCCUCACCCCCCCAAAUUCAGAGACCCCAAAAUUCAGUCAGGAGCUGCCAAAAUGGGAAUUUAACUCCUGCCAAGCCCCUUUUCCUGCUCUGCUGCCCCUUUAUUGGGGUGAGAGGGGCUGUAAAUCCCUUUGUGUGCCCCUAAAAGGGCCCUUUGCACUUUUGGGACACCUCCACCCCUCCCCAAACUGCUUUUGGCAACUGCUGCUCAAUUGCCCUCCCACCAUUCUGCUGCAGCCAGGAGGGAAUUUGGGGUAGGAAACAGCUCCCUAAAAACCCCUCCUGCUGUUUUAGUGGGGAGGAGGAAGAGAAAAAGACUUUGUGGGAUAAAAGGAAAGGAAGGAACCACUCCCCAUUUCCCUUUGGUGCCACUUUCCCCCCACACAUCCCAGAUUUUUGUGGUGGAGAAGAGACCUGGCCAAAAAAAUUUGGUACAAAUUGAGGAGGAUUUAUAGGAAAUUCCCACUUCAGGGCUGGAGUUUUGUGUGUUUAAUUCUGUGUGUUAAUUCUGUUUAAUUUUGUGUUUAAUUCCCCCACACAUACCAGAUUUUCAUGGUGGAGAGCAGUUCUGGCCAAAAAAAUUUGGUACAAAUUGAGGAGGAUUUUUAGGAAAUUCCCACUUCAGGGCUGGAGCUCUGUGUGUUUAAUUCUGGAUUUUUGUGUUCAAUUUUAUGUGUUAAUUCUGUUUAAUUUUGUGUGUUUAAUUCCCCCCACACAUCCCAGAUUUUCAUGGUGGAGAAGAGACCUGGCCAAAAAAAAAUUGUUACAAAUUGAGGAGAAUUUUUAGGAAAUUCCCACUUCAGGGCUGGAGCUCUGUGUGUUUAAUUUUAUGUGUUAAUUCUGUUUAAUUUUGUGUGUUUAAUUCUGGAUUUUUGUGUUCAAUUUUAUGUGUUAAUUCUGUUUAAUUUUGUGUGUUUAAUUCUGGAUUUUUGUGUUUAAUUCUGUGUGUUAAUUCUGUUUAAUUUUGUGUUUAAUUCCCCCACACAUCCCAGAUUUUUGUGGUGGAGAGCAGUUCUGGCCAAAAAAAUUUGGUACAAAUUGAGGAGAAUUUUUAGGAAAUUCUCACUUCAGGGCUGGAGUUUUGUGUGUUUAAUUCUGGAUUUGUGUAUUUAAUUCUGUGUGUUAAUUCUGUUUAAUUUUGUGUGUUUAAUUCCCCCCACACAUCCCAGAUUUUCAUGGUGGAGAAGAGACCUGGCAAAAAAAAUUUGGUACAAAUUGAGGAGAAUUUUUAGGAAAUUCCCACUUCAGGGCUGGAGUUCUGUGUGUUUAAUUUUAUGUGUUAAUUCUGUUUAAUUUUGUGUGUUUAAUUCCCCCACACAUCCCACAUCUUUUUCUGCACCCUUGGUUUUGGAAACAGGGAGAACUGGUUAACAACCAGUUGAAAUUUUAUUUCAUUGUCUUA